UCUGAUUAACUCCAUUUACGGAAAGAGAAUAUAGAGCCUACAUAUACCGAUAGUAUUUUCCUCUUGUUCCUUCCAAAUAACAUUUCCCUUUUCAAUAAUAAUACUUUCUCCAUUUCAAUUCAAACAGUAGAAGAAAUAGAAAUCACAAGAGUGAGUCAUGGGAAUUGGGAAACUGUUGUCCUAAGCCUGCAGAUCACUUUCCCAACAACAAAAAACCCAGCUCAGGCCGAAGUAAUGUUUUUGGGAAAAUUUUCUCACCCAAAUCUGGUCAAGCUAUUAGGCUAUUGUUGGGAGAACAAGCAAUUUCUCCUUGUUUAUGAAUACAUGCAGAAGGGAAGCCUAGAAAGUCAUCUUUUCCGAAGACUUUAAUGCAAAACUUUCUGACUUUGGACUUGCCAAGCUUGGUCCGGUUGAUGGCAAUUCGCACGUUACAACCGACAUCGUAGGCACGUACGGUUAUGCAGCUCCUGAAUACGUGGCCACAGGCCAUUUAUAUGUGAAGAGUGAUGUGUAUGGGUUUGGAGUAGUACUACUUGAAAUAAUAAUCGGCAUGAGGGUUCUUGAUCCAAGCCGGCCAUCCCAUCAAUGCGAUCUAGUCAACUGGGCAAAACCCUUACUUCCUGACAAAAACAAGCUGAGGAACUUAAUGGAUCCUCGUCUGGAGCAUGGUUACCCCUUCCAAGCUGCUUCUCAAGUGGCUGAGCUCAUCAUAAGGUGUCUCGACCCUCAGUGUAAACUCCGACCUGACAUGGAACAAGUGUUAGGGAAACUAAAGGAGAUCAGUAAGCUGGAGAUGACACCAAAGGAUUUGAAAGCUCAAACCAAAUAUCUAAAGGAUGCGCAACGCCGACGCCGGCUGCAGUAGCCAUCCACUUUCCCAACCUACUUUGGAGGUAUUGGUCAUAUCAUUGGUGGGCAUUCUCAGCAUGAUUAUCCCAAAUAUCAAAGCUUUUAAUCCAUGAAAUAGCAUCCAUGAAGAAGUAUUAUUCCAUCGCUAGAUAAGAACUCUGUAUACGAAGUAUGUAGUAUUACCUUUGUCCCCCUAUGUUUGGGACAAAGAGAUGUGGUGUUAUUUUUAAGAAAAAUUAGAAAUGUGUGAUUGCUAUUAAAUUGAUAAAGUGUAAAUAAAGUAUGAAUAAAUUGUAGUCAUUCAAAUAUUACCAAAUAUGGUAUGAGACAAACGAAAAAGGUAAAACGGGAC